GCUCAAAGCACUUGCUGCGGUCACAGCCAGUGCUCAGCCAGUGCUCCAUAGGAUGCCUUUCCUGCUACGGCAUGCGGCAUGGAGGCGUCCAAGCAUAUAGGCGUCAGCUAGGCAGGGGUCGGCGGAUAUUGAGAGGCUCGAUGAUGUGGAGGCGGCCAGGAGGAUGGACCAAUUUUUGGAGGGACUGAAGCAAAAAAACUGCAAGUACCAUUGCUUGGAGCUCUGCAGACAUAUUGAUUGAAUUUAUGAAAUUCAAGAAGAUUCACAUGUGGGCUCUGCGGAUGUAUUUCGCUCUUGUCUCAACUCUCAACUGUUCCAAUGGAUUCAAACAUCAGCAAUCAAUUCCCUGGAACUUGCGGCACCAACUCGCCCAAAGUCUUGCGCCGGAGCACCGGCGAGCGACGUCAAGGGGGCGGCAGUGUCACGAUCUGGCCGUCGAGCGCCGGACUUUGCUGAUUUUGCAUUGCUUGCAGCUCAUGAGGCAUGUCAAAAUGCCUGGUGUCAAUGUUGCAAUUCAAUCUCUUUGCUUCCAGCUUGCCACAACUCAGACAUCUCAGGUACCAAGGAAGAUUGCUCCGAGUGCAGCAGAAGCUCAAUAUUCUGAGAUUCAAUUUGCAGUUUCUGCAGCUGGUGCAACGCAACCUCCGGCUGAUCAGCACCAUGCACAUCCUCAGCAAUGGCCUCGGCUUGGAACUCAACUUUGGUGGCAUCAAGCUCGGGGCAUGGCUUGUUACGGGAAUCGAACUGGCAUUCGCAGUAUCUCUGGGCAAGGCGCUCAGUACUGCCGUAGCCAGCGUCACUUUGGCGACCCCGCCAUUGUUGCAGCUCUUGCAGUUGUAUCCUUCAUGGUGAGGUGCGGAUUGUUGCUGGUGAGGUGCGGAUGCAGAAAUUCGAAGAGUGCAGGGACAAAGCCAAUGCUGCCCACACGCAGCUGCAAGCCGCACGAGAUCAGUUGCGCCAGGCGGAGGAAACCAUUUUUCCAGCCAAUUGGCUGCGAGAGCGAGAGUCCUUGCGGCGCGCCUAGGCCUAGGCAGCACCGCGCAGACACCGGUCAUGAGAUUGAGGCCCAAAUGCAUGACUUGUACUGCAACACACAGAAACUUGAAGGCACGCUGCAACGUCAUCGGCGGCAAGUGGCAAGAGGUAACCCAAAGGCUAUGGAAGAUGCUCUGGAGGACUUGUCCGACCCGUCCAUCAACUUCAGUGCCGAUGACAAGCGCCAGUUGCUGGAGGUUGACUUGGUGUUCGAGAGUGUGAGUGAUGAGGGCAUUGAUGAUGUCUCUUCGCGGCUGAGGAAUAUGGGCGUCGAAGUGACGGAUAAGGUUUCGGAUGAAAUGAAAAAACCAUCCAACUUUUCUGUAUUAUAUAGAUCUUCAGCUUGCAGAUUGUGAGUCAUGACACUGAUGACUCUGUUGGUCCAUUUUUGGCAAAGCAUCCCUGUUUGACAGCACUUUAUGUCGACGAAUCCAAUUCCGAUGGUUGGCAAGUCUUGAGCGGUUUUGAGUCAGACUGAUAGGAACUCUCAUGGGAAUGCUGGCAAUUGUUCGGACUGUUGCAUGUUGCAUUUUGGAAUUUGAUUGGCACUUGUUCUCGUUGUGCCACGUCAGCUCAGCGGAUGUUCUUAGAGACCUGAUCGCUUCUAGGAGAGGACUUAGUUCAGGUUCACAGCGCUGGCCUAUUAUAGUGUUCUAGCAUGCUGGACACCCCUGUGCUGAGCCGUGCUGAUGAGGAAAAAC